CAGGCCUGGCCCCUUCCCACCGCGUAAGCCGGACCCGAACCCGUACCCGGACCCAGACUUGGGCCCCAGCUCCCUUAGCGGGCUUAGGGGCCCCUCCAUGCCAAGUAAAAAACUCGGAUAUGGCGGGGCGGGGCGGAGCAGGGUUGUGCCCGGGCUAGUCCGACCCUCGGAGCUCAUUGUGGCGAAAAUAGAAGCGCAUUCUAGAGCUGGGAGGAACCUUACUGGCCUUCACUUGCAACAUCCACUUUAUGGGCGUGGGCGAGGAAGCCCAAGAUCCAGAGAGGUAUAGUGACUUAAAAGUCACAGCUCUUAAGCCAGAGCCGGAUUUCUGUAUUGAACACUAAGUAAUGGCUAUGCAGAUGCAGCUUGAAGCAAACGCAGAUACUUCAGUGGAAGAAGAGAGCUUUGGCCCACAACCUAUUUCUCGAUUAGAGCAAUGUGGCAUACAUGCCAAUGAUGUGAAGAAAUUGGAAGAAGCUGGAUUCCAUACUGUGGAGGCUGUUGCCUAUGCACCAAAGAAGGAGCUAAUAAAUAUUAAGGGGAUUAGUGAAGCCAAAGCUGAUAAAAUUCUGACUGAGGCAGCUAAAUUAGUUCCAAUGGGUUUCACCACUGCAACUGAGUUCCACCAAAGGCGGUCUGAGAUCAUACAGAUUACUACCGGCUCCAAAGAGCUUGACAAACUACUUCAAGGAGGAAUUGAGACUGGAUCCAUCACAGAGAUGUUUGGAGAAUUCCGAACUGGGAAGACCCAGAUCUGUCAUACGUUGGCUGUAACAUGCCAGCUUCCCAUUGACCGAGGUGGAGGUGAAGGAAAGGCCAUGUACAUUGACACCGAGGGUACCUUUAGGCCAGAACGGCUGCUAGCAGUGGCUGAGAGAUAUGGCCUCUCUGGCAGUGACGUCCUGGAUAAUGUAGCAUAUGCUCGAGGGUUCAACACAGACCACCAGACCCAGCUCCUUUAUCAAGCGUCAGCCAUGAUGGUGGAGUCCAGGUAUGCACUGCUAAUUGUAGACAGUGCCACCGCCCUCUACAGAACAGACUAUUCGGGUCGAGGUGAGCUUUCCGCCAGGCAGAUGCACUUGGCCAGGUUUCUGCGGAUGCUUCUGCGACUUGCUGAUGAGUUUGGUGUAGCAGUGGUAAUCACCAACCAGGUGGUAGCCCAAGUGGAUGGAGCAGCCAUGUUUGCUGCAGAUCCUAAAAAACCUAUUGGAGGAAAUAUCAUUGCUCAUGCCUCAACAACAAGACUGUACCUGAGAAAAGGAAGAGGGGAAACCAGAAUCUGCAAAAUCUAUGACUCUCCUUGUCUUCCUGAAGCUGAAGCUAUGUUUGCCAUCAAUGCGGAUGGAGUAGGAGAUGCCAAGGACUGAAUCGUUGGGUUUUUUCCUGUGAUAAACCUUAAGUGCUGCAGCCUAAUGGAGAGGACUGCUCCCUGAGGUUCUUCACAGGCCUCUUCUGUUGUGACUGCCAGGAAAAGGCUUCCAGGAAAACAGCUAUUAUAUCGGCUUUUCUUAUGGUGUAAACACGAGACAGGUCAGUAGUCACAAGCUGAUCUGAAAUGUUUAUUCCUUCUAGAGUAUAUUAAUCUCUUUGUGAAUUCUUUGGUUUGGGGGUGUAGGUAUGAAGUACCUUUGACAUCAUAGUGCCUUGGGGUUGACUCAGGACUAACGGCUAUUGGCCAAUCUUAUGUCUCUAAGAGAACUAAAACUGGAGAGACCUGACUUCUCUCACUGUCUGAAUAAUGUUGGGGAAAAAUAUGCCUGAGCUAUGUGGCAAAGGGAGUGGGUCUCCUCACAGGUUUUUUUUUUUCUCUGCCAGUAAAACUCUUAAAUCAGAA